ACAAAUAAAUUGAAAAUAAAUCAUUUACACGGAUAAUGCGUGUAUUAUUGUCCCAGGAUACUGCAGCAGUUCCUGGGAAGUGCGAAUGGAUGCAUCAACUGAUAAUGGUCGCUGAAUUGGUGUAUCUAAAACAAAUUACACAUUUUACUCGUGCUCAGCGUUCAUGAAAUCAAUAAAAAUGGCAGGCCAGCAGAAAAAUGCAAUUUUGAAAAGCAAACAACGAAUAUAUUCUGAAUAUGUCAGUAAAUAAGUGUUGUCGUUGCAGUUAUUUCAUUUGCUUUAUGUUAUAAACUAAACGUGCGACUAAAUAAAUCGUCAAAACAAAUUGCUGAAAAUUUGCAUAUUAAUGAGUUUUAAUUCGAAAAUCGCUUGGGGAAUGCCAGUCAGCAUUUAACAGGCCCUCCAAUUACGCAAAUAACCAGUGAAAGAGACGCAAACAUAAAGUGGGAUAAAGAAAGACAGAGACAGUCAGAGGAAGAGGGAAAGUGAGAGUGAGAGUGAGAACAAACUAAGUCAAUCAAUUCAAACAGCAAACGAGCUACACACAUACACACACCCACAGCCACACUCACAAGAGGAAGCGACUGGCCACAAAGAUGGACCUACGUAUACGUAAUCUAACACUGCCAACGCCAGGCGCAACAACAAUUAUAUUCUCGUCAACAGCAACAACAGCAACGGCCGCAGCAAUGUCUAGUGCCACAGCAACAACAAUAUCACCGACAACAACAGCAGCGACAACAACAACGACAUCCACAUUUUUUACAUACAGCAUACCAGGCAUGGACAUUGCGCCAGGACCAUUUAUAUUCACCUACGUUAGUGAAUUUUUAUCGCUUAUCACGCCCGAAGAAUUGCCGCUUGAUUCCAUACGCGAUGUACUACACAAUAAUGUCAGCCUUAUCGACUUUGCCGCCAAUGCCAUUAAAAUCGAAUCGGGUUUCAUUGCGCUGAUGAGCAUAUUUGCCAUAUUGGCUCUGGUUCCGUUGAUUGCCACGUGUGCGUGGUGCUGUGGUCGUCGCGCCACCCAGGACGAGGUGGAUCUCAUACGCAAUGCAUCUGUUAACAUCCGGGACGAGUCGCUGGAGGAUAAUUUGCGAUGUCGGAAAAGUGCCGGUCUGGUCACACUCUGGAUUGUCUUUAUAUUGCUCACGCUGAGCGACUUUAGCAUAUUUUAUGCGAAUAGUCGCCUCUCGGCGGGCAUUGAGAUGACGCCGGAGAUGGUCAAGUCAGCCGUGCACGAUGUGGAGGUCUUUCUUAAGGAUACGCAUCUACAAAUCAAACACAAACUGGAUAAUGGCUUUCAUGUUUCCGUUGAAAGGGUCGUCAAAGACUUGGAAGACGUGGAUAUUCUCCUUGGCGAGCCAAUUCAAGCGGAAAUAUCUGCACACACUGGCCUCGAGCUCGCAUAUGAUUCAUUGACGACACUUAGCCUGGCGAACGCGGAGCUCAUCUAUCGUGUCCUCAUGCUCCAGGAGACCGUUGGACGCGCCCUCAAGUUGUCGCAGGAGGCCGCCGCCCGCAUGGAGGAGCUGCAGAUACAGUUGUCCGUGUUGCAGCGCCAAUGCACGUACAGGGAUCGUCCGCUAUGCGACACAUUGCGUAUACGCAGCUUCGAGGAGAACGGCGUUGUCGACGCCCUCAAAACGCUGCAAGAGGACCAGAGCAUCUUUCGCAUGCGUUACUUGGGCGAAAUUGAAUUUGGUGCCACUGUCAAAAAUCUAACAUCGGAAGUUGGCGUCUCACGUUCCAUUUUCAGCAAUUUCCCGCAACAAGUUAAACACGACACGGCAUACGAACGCAACUAUACGUUGGAACAGUUGGCCAGCAUCAGGCACAGGACAACGGCAAAUGCUCAGAUGCUCACAUCGACAAUAAAUGCUUUGCUCGAGCGACUGCAGCGAAUGUGGCCAGCCUUGGAGCCGGCUUACAAUGAGCUCAAGGAGUGGGCGAACACAUAUUGGAGUAUCGGUUGGAUAGCAGCCAUGCUGAUCGUUUGGGUCUUACUCUUCAUGAUGAUGUCCUACUGCUGUUUCCUGUGCGAAUCAAAUGUGAAAUCGGGCGUGGUCUUUCUCAUUGCAGUAAUGAUCAUUUGCCUGGGCAGCAUAUGUUUGACCUUCUAUGGUGUUACCUCGCUGGCCGUUGGCGGCAACACUGAAGUCUUCCUCUGUCGCUCCCUAAACGACAAUAAUUAUGAGAUGCUGGGUAAGCUAUUCGAUAAGCCGGGCUAUGUCUAUGCCCAGGAGCCCCAAACUGGCAUCAUUGGUGAACUAAUGCGUCCCGCUGGCGUCAAUCGUUCUGUGGUCAAUGUCAGUCUGGGCACAGCGCUCAGGGGUUGCGAACAAAAUCAAGCAUCGUACAAUGUCUUUCAAUUGGAUGCGUUCGUUAAUACCACAAAAAUAGCCGAUUUAAAACAAUUCCCAAAAGUCUCAACGGCCAUCGAUGCAAUUUCCGUAUCGGAACGCACACUGCUCUCGCUGACACAAUCCAUCCAGCACAUUUUGGAGAAUAUGCUGCAAACAUCCGCAUUCAAUUUAACCACAUACCGUAAUAGCGUCGGCGCACCCACGCCCGAAAAGGAUUUGGCUACAUUCAUCGACCAAAUGCAACGCGUUGCACUCCAGAUUCAGGAUGUGGCCACUUCGUCUCGCAUGACAACGCUGGGCAGCCGAUCGAAACGAUUGCAGGCAGCCAUUUUGCAGCCGCUGGAGAAUUUACAGAAUGAGAUACUCUACCAUCUGACAGCGUUGGAGCUGCAGAGAGAUCCCUGGGCAAAGCAGGUCAAUCAGACGCUCAAUCAUUUGAAGAGCAUUCAGGGCUAUCUGGAGAAUAAGGCUGGCGAGAUCUGUCACAAUCUGACGCGAGUCUACACAGAGCGUCUGAAGGCCUAUUUGACGAGCAGUCGCGCCACCAUGGAAUCCCAGCUGGGUGAUACGACCACCAAGUGUCGUCCAUUCUACGAUACUUUCGAUGCCAGUCGCAUUUUUCUGUGCCGCAAUCUGGUUGACUUCAUCAAUGGUCUGUGGUUCUUCAUCUUUCUGACGCUACUGCUCUGGGCAAUUGGAACGCCAGUGGGCCUCAAUCUGAUCACCAUACAGACGCGCCUCAAUGCCAUGCAGCGGGCCCAAGCACGCAGCAAGAACAAGCAGCGGCGCAGCGAUCGAAGUGACCGAGAUGACGACCGGGGCCGACGAGGAGAUAGUCGGGGACGCCAGAAGCAGCGCACGACCAGCUCAGCGAAGCGGGAACAGCAGCGGGAGCGCAGCACCAGCAGCACAGCAAGAGCAAGAGCAACCAGACCACCACUACGUCGCACUGCCACCGAAGAGACACUGGACAUAGCCGAUGACGACUCUACGCCCUCUAGGCAAACCCAGCAGCAGCAGCAGCCGCAGCACCAACUGAGACGUCAGGAGUCGGAGCAGCGUGAGCUGGAGCGUGAGCGGAUGCGAGAUCGUGAUCGGGAGCGUGAGCCGCGGAGUCGAGAGCGUGAGCUGAGCCGCGGACGCGAAAUGGUGACCAUCAAUACGCCAGUGCGAAGUCGCCAGCAGCUUCAACGCGACGAUGACAAUUGGGGCUCAUCCAGUGCGCCCAGUCGCGCCAACUCCAAUGAGCGCGACAGCAGUCAAUCUAGAAAGAAUAUCAACAUUUGGCAGUCCCGCAAUAAGGUCAAGCCACCGCUUCGCCGCCAGGGCACUGAGGAGUUUGACUUUGAGGAUACACAGCAGGAUAGUGGCUGGCGCUCCAAGAAUAGCGCCAGUCCCGAGCAACAACGUCAGCCGGAUAAUCGCCGACUGCAGUCGGAUAAUCGCAAUCAGUUGCGUGCUAAACCAAAGCUACGUGGUAGCAAUGUGGACAGAUCUGGCAGUGAGCUGAUUCGUCGUCCGGUCACGCCCGUUCUGAGCGUCAAUCCGGAUAUACCCGCUGCGGUGCCCAUGCCCCGAACGCCGAUGCGUUUGCGGAACAAAGUCUCAUUGACUGCCCGAGCCGUGCAGGACAUUAUCAACAAGCGGAGUCAGCGCCUCCAACGCACUGGUACCGAUGAAUUUGAUUUGGAUGAGAGCGAUAUGUAUGGUACUGGGGCACAUCUGGACGCUGACGCUGUAGCGGCUGCCCGUCGCACUCCGCCACGCGGUGCACCGCCUCCUCCGCCACCGCCAGCGGCUGGGAUGAACAGUGUAAGUCGAGAACGGAGUGUGCGUUGGAACGCUGAGGAGGACUUUGUCUUCGAGGAUGUUGACUCACCGAACCGGAAUCCCAUGUACUUGAGCCGUAAUAUCCAUUAAAAUCAAAUGUGUCCUUCAUUUAGUUAUUUCUUUUGUAUUUGGCCUAUAAUAUAUUUACCAGAUUCUAAGUUAAAUGUAGUCUAGUUACAAGUUUGUAGCAUCAACGAUUCAAUAUCUAUUAAGCAUUUACGGUUGCAAGCAAUCAAAAAAAUUAAAUAAUAAAGCAACAUAAAUACAA